AUGUUCGCCUCAAGACUGGCGCCAGUGCUGCGCCGUGCGGCCUCUUCAACCACUCGCCGGCCGUCGCCCCAGUUUCUAGUCGCAGCUAGACAAGGCGCCAGUGGACGUACUCUACGUCUCAGUCGCCACUUCUCGCAGGUGACGUUCACGUUCGUGGAUGGAGAGGGUGAACAGUCGACGGUGACGGCGGAGGAAGGCGAGAAGCUGCUAGAUGUGGCCCAGGAGAACGACUUGGAGCUUGAGGGCGCGUGUGGUGGAGAAUUGGCUUGCUCUACUUGCCAUCUCGUGCUCGAGAAGCGCAUCUUUGACAAUCUACCGGAGGUGAGCGAGGAGGAGGAGGAUAUGCUGGACCUGGCCUGGGGACUCACAGACACGUCGCGGCUGGGCUGCCAGAUCCACGUGACCAAGGAGAUGGAAGGCAUGACGGUGCGGAUUCCAGACGAGGCCGACAACCUCAUAACGCUUCAGUGGACGAGUCGGCCAAGCCGCUUGCUGCUGGAUCAUGCCGCUCAUUUUGGAUUGGAUCUUCUCGAGUUCGGUCUCUGGGGCCCGCUUGCAAAUGGACCCGAAGAAGUCGGAGCUCCCAUCGCACCCGAAACUCGCCGUGAGGCACGCGGUACGGCCAAGUUGUCGAGUUUCUGCUGCUUCUAG